AUGCCUUUGCAACAGGUUUUCCACCUUCGCACUUCUGGUUGGGAACAAGACCCUGACGAGGAGAGGGUCAAGGUAUCGACCAUUGAUCGGACCCCGACCACGUCCUACAAUCAAUAUGUCGUCUAUUUCCGGGUUGAAGAGGCCGAAACCAAUCGUACCGUCAAUGUCCUUAAGGCCGGUCUUGAAACGACUCUGAGUCAAGCCAGGUACUUGUGCGGUACCAUUGAGAAAGACGGAGGCGGCCAUUCCUUUGUCAAGAGGAAAGAAACGGCUGUAAAGUUUGUGGUUCAGCGGCUAGAUCUCCCGGGGGAUAACUAUCCAUCAUUGGACGAUAUUGAGGCCGCUUACUUCUCGGCUCGUUGUCUGGGUGACUUGGAUACCUGGAGUUAG